AAGUAAUUAUGAUGAGAAGGAGGGGCAAUUUUGUCUUUUGACAUGUGUGGAGUUUUGGGGUUUUAUGGGUGGCACUGUAGCAGGUGAAUGGGGGGGAUUUUUCGUGCAUGGUCCGCCGCCGCCACGGAGAAGAAAGGAAGGGGUCUUUCCUCCUUCCCCGGUGCCUCGCCGGCGUCGACGACGGCCACCGACCGUCACUUCUUCUCCUCCCCUUCUCCCCCUCAUGCUCAACUCCUCGUCGGAGAGAUCGGCUCACCUUUCUUCUUUUUCCCCCUUGCGACACCGCCGCCGGACCCACUGCUCCUCCUCUCCCACUCCUCUUUGCGACACCGUCGUCGGACCCUCUGCCCCUCUUCUUCCUCCUCGGCGACGCUAGCUCUCCCUCCUCUUCCUCAUCUGCCCAUCUUCUUCGUCACGUUUCUCCUCUUCCGCCUCCUCGCUGCGCCGUCGCCGGGCAGAUCACUGCCGGCUCCUCUUCCUCAUUGUGCCACCACCGGCAGAACACUGCCUCGUCUCCUCCUCGUUGCACCAUCGCCGGGCAGACCACUGCCCUUUUCUUCCACGCCGAUAUCGCCAUCUCCCUCGUCACCUCACCUCACAGCCCAUCCUCCGCCGACCACUGCUAGGAGCCACCUCACAGCUCUCCCUCUCUCCCUAGCGAUGGCCAACGCAUCCAGCUCCCCACCUCGCUGUCCACGCACGACAGCCCCUUCGCGCCAGCAGCUUCCGAACACGGCAGCCACUUCGUCGGCAGCUUCCACGUUCAGCAACUCUGUAGCGAGCAGUUGCCACACACCCGCAGUCCCUACGUCAGCGGUACAUGUGGCGGCUUCGCCUCGGUUCCGAUUUGGUACCGCUAUUGUAUGAUGACCCUUGUGCCGAUCUUGCUCGUAUACUAUGUUCUACCCUAGCACUGCUCCUAUAUAUAUGUCAGCGUCCCGGCCUGCGUGCCGACCCAGCGUCCCGACCUGCGUGUCGACCCAGCGUCUCGGCCUGCGUGCCGACCCAGCGUCCCGGCCUGCGUGCCGACUUAGUGUUUCGGCCUGCGUGUUGGUGUCUUGUCCCGGUCUGUAGCUCGUCUUUCGGGCCCGUGCCGCGUUCAGCUCUCCAUCGUCAGAUCCAGCUUUCCAGCCUGAUCGGAGUCAUCUGCUCUUCCGGGUCGCAACAACUCGAACCGCGUCCCAUCCGAGGGCGCCCCCCUGGGCCAGGGUACGUUCCUCGUUCAUAUUUCAUAUGCAUUUUCAUUAUUUCAUGGCUUAGUCUUGUACUUAUAUAUUCGUUGGAUCUGCCUUGAGCAUCGGGGUACCGGCGGCCGGGUCAACCCGGUCGCUGGCUGCAGGUAGCGUUGACCAGAAGACUUUUGGAGACUUGGUCAAUCCAGAGGCCAUCUCAGCACACCCCCCUCUGGGACGUCGUGAUUCAGUCAACAUUCCAUCCACCUCAUCCGACGGUCCGUCAGACGCAGCUUCCGGACGGGAUCAAAUUUGGCGCCGUCUGUGGGAACACAACAACCUGUUCUGGAACAUGAAGAUGGACGACGUCGGGAGGUUCUCUGCUAUUAUCACAAUCCCGGAGGAUCUCGAUGCACAUUUUAUUUUCUAUCCUCACUCCACCGGUAUUCGGGAGUCAAGGGAUCGAGUGGAGCUUCAGUCGGCUAACAUGUUAGUUUUUCGGUUAUGUUUUUUCCCUGACUCCACGGGUAUUUGGGAGUUAAGGGACUAAGACAAACCCUUAGCCGGUUGGCACGACUCUCCGAUCAUGCUCGGCUUCCUUCACCCACGGUGCUAUGCUUGCCUUUACUUUUAUGAACUCUGCUCCCCUAUAUUGUCAUGGGUUUCAUUCUCUUUGGCGGUCAGGGCUCAUAUUAUCAUCUUCUCCCCUCGCUCCACGGGUAUUCGGGAGUUGAGGGAUCGAGACAAAUUCACAGUCAGUUGGCACCACACCGCUAUCAGGUAUGACAUAAGUUUUAUUUCCUCAUGCUGCUA